AUGAUUGCUAGUAACGAUGAUCAAGCUGUUGAGAGCUUGAAGGUUUUGUUGAAAUCAGAAUUCAAAAUCAAAGACCUUGGUCCGGCAAGAUUCUUCUUAGGAUUGGAGAUAUCUUGUUCUUCUCAAGGCAUUUCGGUAUGUCAAAGGAAAUAUACCCAGAAUUUGUUGGAAGAUGCAGGUUUACUUGGUUGUAAACCGAGUCCUGUCCCUAUGGAUCCUAGUCUUCAUCUUACUGCAGCUAUGGGAACUACUUUGCCUAAUCCUCAUUCUUAUAGGGAACUCAUUCGAUGUCUACUUUAUCUCACUAUUACGAGACCUGAUAUUAUAUUUGCCGUUCAUCAGUUGAGUCAGUUCAUUUCAGCACCUUCGGAAAUACAUCUUCAGGCAGCUCACAAGGUUUUACAGUACAUUAAAGCCAAUCCUGGCCAAAGACUUAUGUACUCUGUUGAUACUGACUUGAGCUUGAAUGCCUUUUGUGAUGCUGACUGGGGGAACUGUAAAGAUACUCGGCGGUCUAUUACUGGUUAUUGCAUAUAUCUUGGUAACUCGCUUAUCUCGUGGGGAUCUAAGAAGCAAGGAGUCACUAGUCGAUUGUUUAAGGAUCUUCGACUUCCAGUUACAGGACCAGCUAAACUCUAUUGUGACAACAAGUCGGCUCUGCAUAUUGCUAUGAACCCUGUUUUUCACGAGAGAACAAAGCAUAUAGAGAUUGACUGUCACACAGUUAGGGAUCGGAUUAAAGCAGGUACUCUCAAAGUCUUCCAUGUUCCUUUAAAGAAUCAACACGCUGACAUCCUCACCAAGCCACUUCAUCCAGGUCUUUUCUAUGGAUUGCUUUCUAAGAUGUCAUUGUCAAGCCUGUAUCUUCCAAACCAGACAUCUUUAAAGCUACAGACUUGA